AUGGCUUCAGGUUACAGACUUGCCAGUUCAUGUGAAGCUGCAAUGGUUGAUGAUAUUGGGAAAGGUCCCUCCAGAAGGAUGGUCCUUCGGCAUCACCUACGAACGAACUGGCUGAGAUACAUCACCGGCCUGUUAUUCUUCUUAUGUAUUGGCGAACUCAUCUAUAUCCAACACCUUAGCAAAGGUCUGAUCCGUGUAUCGAACGACCCAUACGACAUCCGCUUCAGCGGCCUCACAUAUAAAAGCCCAGAACUUUGGGACGAUGCCCACCAGUCCUUCCUUCGCAAUGCCGACCCUGUCCCGAUCCACUCCCACAACGACUACGAGCGUCAUAUUCCCCUCUUUGAUGCUCUCGGCUCAGGAUGCAUCAGUGUCGAAGCAGAUGUUCAUCUGAAAAGGUCAAGCUUACUCGUUGGCCACUCAAGCUUGGGUCUUAGCAGUAAGAAAACGCUUGAAUCAUUGUAUCUAGAGCCUUUGCAGCGCAUGAUCAAGGCUCAGAAUGAGGGACUCACAGGUCAAUGGAGAGGGUUGUUUGACAAAGCUCCAAAGCAAACAUUGACUCUGCUGAUUGACUUCAAGUCUUCUGGAGCAAAGACCUUCGCUGAGCUGGAUCGGCAUUUACAGCCUUUGCGGGAUCUAGACUAUCUCACCUAUUGGAAUGGCACGGCGAGAAUCACACGCCCACUUACUGUCGUGGUAAGCGGAAAUGCGCCAUUCGAAUCCGUUAUAGGAAUGAACUCAACACAUAGAGAUAUCUUCUGGGACGCCAAACUUGAACGUCUGGUAUCCAUGGAAGAUAAUUUCGAUACCAAGCCUCCAACAUAUCGCUUCAACCAAUCCAACUCGUACUUUGCAUCCACAAGGUUCCGAAACGCAAAGUUGUUCAGAUCUGAUUAUGAGAGCUCUCUCGAUGUUUUACCAAAAAGAGAGAGAGAUAUGACAUCGACACAGAUCGAGCAGGCAGAAUCUCGCGGAUUAUUAGCUCGAUACUGGGACACACCUUCUGAGCCGCCAAAUGUGAGGGAUAUAGCUUGGCGUGUGCUGAUCGAUAAUGAGAUUGGUCUCUUGAACAUGGAUGAUUUGGGGAUCGUGAGGCAAAGGGCCAAGGGUUGGGGAAGUUUAAGGAAUGAGGAUUUGUGA